CUGUGAUUGGCUGCUCUCGGUGGGCGUUUCCGCAGGAGCGAAGGUUGCAGAAGGCAGCCGCGUGCGUGGAGGACAGCUCCUCAGCCAUUCCCGAGGAAGAAGAGGAGUCAAACCCUGGCGCAGGGAUGCCUUACAUACUGAUCAGUACGCAAAUCCGUCUGGAGACCGGUCCAACAAAUGUGGGAGAUGAAUUUUCGGACCCAGCUGUCAUGAAUUACCUGGGAGCCAGGAAAACAACCGUGCUGGGAAACAAUUUUUCGGAGUACCACGUGGAGGAGCCGCCUCGCCUGGUGCUGGACAAGCUGGAGAAGAUCGGCUUCCGUGUGCUGUCCAUGACGGGAGUGGGGCAGACGCUGGUGUGGUGUCUGCACAAGGAGGCGGAGUGAAUAAUCCAAAUAAUUUUUUUUAAUGCAUAGCUUCAACAAUAUAUGAAGCCCUUUUUAAAGCUGUCAAGAAAGUGGAAUUUUAAUCCAUAUUUAACAUGCAACUCUGUUGGAAGUGGUUUACCCGUUUAUAUUACCGUAUUUUCUGCACUAUAGGACGCACCAGAUUAAUAGUGUUAUAGUGGUAAUAGCUUAACCACUAAAAUAAACAUUACUGUGAUUAUGUUAACUCACAACCAAGGUAGUAACACGUAAAAAAAAAAAACCACUCUACGACACUGCUACGCAUUAGCUGUGUUAGCACAUUCACAACGGCUGUAAUUCCCAACAUUGUUUGCAACACGUAAAAAGCAAACUGACACCACUAAAAAAAAUACAACUGUGACAACACUAACUACCAACCUUGUUAGUAACACGUGCAGGAAAAACACUGGCUGACACCGUGGAUGUUAGCCACGUUAGCAUAUUCAAAAUAGGCUACCUGUUACCUUGUUUGCUGUGUGUAAAAAAAAAAUAAAAACUGAUCCUAUGUCCAAAUCCCCAACCUAAUCUCUAACUACUAAAAACUACAUAGUGUCCUGGAUUUUAAAAGGAAUUCAGAAGCCAUGCUUACUAUUUUUUUUUCUAAACAGCGGAUAUGAUGUCACCGAUUUCAUAAAUUCAAAAUCUAAUCAAUACAAACUUUUUAUAACAUCUAUUUAUGACUCCACUGUGAUGAUGAUGACAAUGUGGGAGGUUUAUUAAAACGUUACAUUUAAACACUUUUGUUUUUUUGUUUUUUUUGCUAAUGUAGUGAACAUUGAUGCACACUGGUUUUUCACAAAGAUUUCUGGGAGAUUUCUAGGGCGCUCGAUUUUGGAAUUUUAGAUUUGGACUGCACUAUAAAAUGGCAACGCACUAUAUAGUGAGUAGUGAGGGAAUUUGGACAUAGCCUGAUACUGCUAAGCAAACAUUACUGAGUCUAUGCUAACUCCGUACCGACACUGCUACACGUUAGCUGCGUUAGCAUAUUCACAACAGCACCUAACCAAACAUCAAGUACCUCUCAGAUUGCUUCAACAUCAGUAAACUCAACCAGAACUGAUCUAUAUACAAGGUGUGCCGGUUUAUAAGGUGCAUUGUCAUUUUUUGAAAUAAAUUAUUUGUUUCCUAUAGUGCGGAAAAUAUGGUAUAUCAUCUUGUCACAUUGUAUUUCCUCUGAGAAAAAACUCUCAGAAACCAUUUUUUACUUAAAAGACUGUAAAAUACUUUGCAACUGUACUUUUUUAUUUUAAAAACCUACCCCAAAUUGCAUAGACUUUUAGCAGAAACAAUAUAUUAAAAAACCUUUAGAGCUCUGUGGCAUCUUACAAAGAUGCUGCAGCAUCCUUAUAAAACAGCUUCACUGGCGCGUGCACACAUAGCCGGUAUCUGCAUUCAGGAUCCAGAAAAUCCUGGGCGGUUUGAUUGCAGGGAUUUGUUUGCCAGAGCAGUGCAUGUCUUGGGAAGACCUGGAUGCUUAAUCAACAACCUAGAAACGUUGCCAACCAACUCCCAGCCAAACUCAGAGCAGACGCACCGCCUCAGACAUGACAUCCACCUCCUCGCUGGAUCAAACAGAGCUGGAGAUUCCCAGUUCUUCAGCCACAGACAUUCCCAAUAUAGUUUACCCUGGCUGCUUUGAAGCAGAACAUGUUACAACACAAGGAAUCAAAGCUUUGUUGUGACAUGCGACAACAGACUCAUCCUCCCAGGCCAGUCUUUCAUGCCGCUACAGACACUGUGGGAUGAGGGCGGGGUUGUUGGUGAGUGUGUUUCCUGUAAUUGUAUUUCCUCUCUUGUCAUUUGGACCAAGUUUGUGUUUCUGGGCUUUCUUUUUUCACAUUGUUGGGAUAUUGGAAAAGGAUACGCGUAAACAAAACCAUGUGAUGAGGGGAUUUUGCAGGAGAAGAAGAGCAGAUGUCUCCCAACACACCACUUGACUCUGCUCUGCAGCUGGACAUUGCGUAACGGAGCUUCAUGGAGGCAACUCAGGAGCAGCGGAGGGGAAGGAUGACUGAACUGGAUUUUGUUAAGCUUCCAUGUGAUUGAAAACUAUGGAAUUGCAGGAGAAUAUCAUGUCUAUUAUGAGAUCAUCCUCUUUUGGAACUAUCCUUUCAAGCUCUGAUGUUAAUUCAUUGAUCUUUUGUUAAUAAAAGGCAGAUUUAU